AUGGAGGAGGUAGUACUAGGCAGAAAUUCGUCAUUGAUCAUUCUGCUGUUCUUUGUGUGUGGUUCGACAUGUAUACAUGCGGGAAAAACUCAGACGGCUGUCUGCAUCAGACCAGGGUCGCGGUGUUUUCUCCAGUUGUUGACGUGCCCACCUGAAUGCCCAAUGUUGAAGCCAACCGAUCCAACAGCUAAAGCUUGCUUCGCCGACUGCAACUCUCGCCCCUGCAGUACUCGGUGUGAAAGCCGAGUAGCAAACUGCAAUGGCUAUGGAGCUUUAUGCUAUGACCCUCGUUUCGUCGGUGGAGAUGGAGUUAUCUUCUACUUCAGGGGCAAGAGCAACGAGCACUUCUGCUUAGUAUCCGACACUAACCUCCAAAUCAACGCCCGCUUCAUUGGAUUCCGACCAAAAGGCCGAGCCAAGGACUACACAUGGAUUCAAGCCUUGGGUAUAAUUUUUGGUUCACACACUUUCACACUUGAGGCCACCAAGGCAACAACUUGGGACAACACCACAGACCAUCUCAAAUUCUCCUACGACGGCAGUGAGGUUUUCCUACGUGAAAACCAUCUCUCCUCAUGGAACUCCCCGGGCAAUAACUUUCAACUAGAAAGAAUAUCAAGCAAGAACAAUGCGAUUUUCUCUAUACCAGAUGUAAUGGAGAUUGCAGUUAAAGUGGUGCCGGUAACCAAAGAGGACGACAAGAUGCAUAAAUACCAAAUACCUUCUAAUGACUGUUUUGCUCACUUGGAAGUGCAGUUUAAGUUCUUUAGCCUUUCUCCACAUGUUGAAGGCGUGCUCGGUGUAACUUACCAGCCUGAUUUUAAGAACCCGGCUAAAAAAGGUGUGUCAAUGCCUGUUGUAGGUGGCGAGGACAAGUACAGAACCACUUCGCUUCUCUCUGCAGAUUGCAAGUCUUGCUUAUCUUUGCCAGGCAGUCUGGUGGAACAACGGGACAUGGAUAACGGCAAGUUGGACUGCACCGGUGGUUCGUCUCGUGGAAAUGGAAUUGUUUGCAAGAAAUGAUACCUUACAUUUUCUCGAAUACGUACUUUCUCCGUAAGUUGGAAGUACCUAGGAGAUUAUACAUGGAACGUAGAAUAAAUGUAUGGUUGACCUGUAUGGUCGUCGAACUAAUGAACAGAAUAUAAAUAUAAUCUUGCACAAA